GCUCACACAGCAUCCACAGGGUUUGAACUACAGUCCCCUAAGAUGUAACACAGAAACUCACUUUUUCUUUUCUUUCUUUCUUUUUUUUUUUCUGAGUUUGCUCAUACGCUCUUCAAGUUUCCGGAACGAAGUCGGUUUACUUCUCAUUGGAGGAGACGGGAUCAUGGCUGCCCUCCUUCAUGCAGUGCCAAAGUUUCAGGGGCCAGCUGCAUGGGGGAGGCCUUUUCACCGACUGUGGUGCUGCACUGGGCAGGGAGAUCCCAAAAGGUGGCUGGGGAGGAGGUCUCCCACUUCACAGGAGAAGCCACCAGGCACAGAGACUGAGAAAUUCCACACAAUCUAUCGAUUCUAUACCAUCAGAGCACUUGGCUUUCUAUCUCGCCUGAAGUUGGCACAGACAGCUGUGACUGUGGCCGCCCUGCCCCCAGGCUUCUACUUGUACUCACAGGGCCUCAUGACCCUCAAUUCACUCUGCCUUGUGAGUGGGAUCUGCAGCUUUGCUCUGGCCAUGCUGUGUUGGAUGAGCUACUUCUUCCGGAGGAUGGUGGGCAUCCUGUAUGUGAAUGAGUCAGGUACUAUGCUUCGAGUGGCCCACCUGACCUUCUGGGGGUGUCGACAGGACACUUACUGUGCUGUGUCAGACAUAAUACCCCUGUCAGAAUCCAAGGACCAGGUCCGGGAUGUGUUGAUACGCAUCCAGCAAUACAGUGGCAAGCAGACCUUCUACCUCACCCUGCGCUAUGGCCGAAUCCUGGACAGAGAACGUUUUUCACAAGUGUUUGGAUCGCUGAGCACACUUAAGUAAAGAACAGCAACUCGGCCUCCUGUAGCCUUGGGUGCACUUGGAGUUUAGACAGGAAGGCCAAGAACAUUGAUGAGGCAGAAUCUAAUAACCAGGGACUGGGACUGAAGCCCAGCUGGUAGACUGCUUGUCUGGCAUGCAGGAAGUGAAACCCUGGGUUCAGUCCCUAGAACUGCAUGUAACCAGGCAUGGUUGUGUGUGCCUCUUCUUUCAGCACUGGAGAAAAAGUUCAAGGUUUUCUUGGGACAAAAAAAAAAAGAAGAUAUUAACCAACUUCAGGGAAAAGCCCUUAGUGGAACAUUGUACUGAAUAGGACACUCCAACAGAGAGUGGCUAGAAGUUUCUAUGAAGAGGCACUUUUUGGAGGAAUGCUAUGUCAAGAUCACUGAGGCAGCCCAUUGCUAUGAAAGCAGAAGACAGGAGGGUUGGCAGAGGAACACAGACUGGAGUCUGGAGACCUGGGUUCUGCUGGACCUCAGCUCCUCAACCUGGGGCAGGGUAUUGAGUUACUGAGCCUUGAAUUGCACUCUGAAAUGGAAGAGCCUUCCUCUCUCAUGGGGAUGAAUAUGAAAAUAACCAAUAAUGGCUGAGGCUGGGCUUAGUUAGAGCUCUUGCCUAGCAUGUAUAAGGUCCUAAGUUCUACUCUCAACACCGUAGAAUGGGCAAACCCAGUAAAUGCCGUGUGCUGUGUAAGUCAGCAGCUCAGAGCUAAAAACUUGGAGGAAGGCUUCCAGGCUGCACCACUUGUGUUCACCAAAGUUAAAUGGCCAGGGCUGAAGCCCAGGGUGGGCUUGUCUUUUUCCCAUCAGGAAGUCACUACACCAACUGGGGUAGGGACAGCACCAGCUGAGAAUGUGUUGACCACCGGGAGGUCCAGGGCUGCUCACACUGGGGAGCUUUGCACUGUCAUCAGGAUAGAAGAACUCUGUCCGAGCAACAAUUUAUCAGCGGAAGGAGACUGUAUAUGCUGCUUUUCAUAAUAACAAACACAUGCUUACUCGGUGAAUUGUACCUGCAUAAAAGGAAAGCAGCCGUGAUCUCUGUAAUUUGACCAUUCAAAAUGCUUUGUUUUGUAGCUUUUUAGUAAUUCCCUUUCUCUCUCUCUCUCUCCCUCUCCCUCCCUUCCUCUCUUCCUUCUUUCUUUCUUUCUUUUCUUUUUUUCCUCUUGAGACAGAGUUUCUCUGUGUAGCCCUGGCCAUCCUGAAACUUGCUUUGUAGACCAGGUUGGCUUCAACUCACAGAGAUCUGCCUGACUCUGCCUCCUGAGAGCAGGGAUUAAAAGUGUGUGACACACUGCCCAGACAGUAGUUUCUUUUCCUGAAGAAUUUUUCUUUUAAAAUUACAUGUAUUUAUUUGUGUGUGUACCACUGUGCGUAUGUAGAGGUUGGAAGACAACUUUUGGAGUCCUUUUCCUCAUUCCAUUCAGGUCUUGGGGAUUAAAGUUGGGUUGUCAAGCUUGGCAGCAGACACCUCUACCCACUGAACCGUC